AUGAUUAUAAUUUUAUUAUUCUUGGCCAAUUUAAUUAAUGCAGAUUCUCUGGCUUCAUAAAAAACAAAUGAAUUAAGAGAAAUGUAAUUGAGAGAUGGAAUAAUUGAAUUAAAUUCAACUGGAUAUUUGUAAUUAUAUUAUAUUCAUAUUCAAGUUACUACACCAUGGAAUUUCCACGUCCAUAUGAUAUUGUUAUAUACUUUGUUGCUCCCAGCUGCAAACUUUGCAAUGAUCUUAAUGAACAUUAUCAAAAAGUAGCCAAAUUUUAUGCUGAUUCAGGAGCAUUAUAUAAAAGUGAAUCCAAAAGGGCUGUCUUCUUUGCCACAAUGACAUUCAAUGAUAAAAAUAAGCAAGUCUUCGAAUAACUUGGAUUUAUUUCAGCUCCAAAUUUAUUUGUCUCAUAACCUCAUAUAGUAUUUGUCCCCUAAGAUGAAAGAGAAAGAUAUUUAAGAGACAUGAAAUGGACUAUUUCCUAUACUGAUGGUACAGUAACAGCUCAUAAAUUCCUCGAAUUCAUAAACAAGAGGACUGGAAGAUAAGUUGAUUACAAGGCUUCAACUUCUGAAGCACUUACUGUUAUAGGUGUCCUUCUUGGAGCUUUAACAUUUGGAGCUCUAGUAUUCAUUAUAGCUAGACCAUUAUUUCUAAAUCCAAAAUUGUGGUUUAUAGGAUCUAUAAUCAUAUUCAUUAUUUGUUUGGCUGGAGUUGUCUAUAAUAUUAUUCAUAAUGUUCCAUUCUUUACAUAAAAUAACAAAGGAGGUUUAUAAUGGAAGACCAAUAGUGGUAGAUAAUAACUAGGGUUUGAAGGAUUGUUCCUGAGUCUUGGAAUGACAUUUGUUGGAUUGACUAUGGUUUUAAUAUUGAAACUUAAAGUAUUAGUCAAACAUCAAUAAAUAGACCCGUAAUUUAUUAAUAAAUCAUUAGAUUUGUUGAAAGAUUAGUAUAUCUUACAUUAUUCAUUUGUAUAUUCUUAAUCGUGUAAUUCGUUGAAGAAAAUUAUAGACAAAAGUCACACUACAAUCCAAUCUAUUGGCCACCAAGACAUUACAUCAAAGGACCAUUAAAUAAAGACUAAGGAAAUUCAUUUUGAGUUU